AUGACUUCGACUUCAACAACCGACACUGUCCCAGAGGACUUGAAAACGCUCUUCGACCCGAAGACAUGCACGCGCAAGGGCCUCUGCCCGGUCACCGAGAUUCGGAAACAGGGCGAGGACCCGCUGGAGAGCCAUUCGUUGUACUUUGAAGUGCAUGGGAGUGGGCCGGAGAAGAUUGUAUUUAUCAUGGGGCUGAAUAGCACGAGCUUCGCGUGGGCGCCCCAGGUCGAGUACUUUGGGAGGCAGCCGGAGUACUCUGUGCUCGUGUUCGAUAAUCGGGGGGUCGGGAACAGUGGUGUGCCUCGAGGGCCGUAUUCGACGAGCCAGAUGGCAGAGGACGCAAUUGUGCUCCUAGAUUAUAUAGGAUGGACUGAGAAGAGAAGCGUGCACGUCGUCGGGAUCUCGUUGGGCGGGAUGAUCUCGCAAGAAUUGGCGACGAGGAUCCCCGAACGGAUCGUAUCGCUGACGCUGGCUGUGACAACGCCAGGCGGGUGGCGGCCCUUUGCCAAUUUACCGUCGUGGAAAGGUUUGAGUGGGUUGACGAGAGCAACAUUUAUAACUGACCCGGCAAAGAAGAUACCCAUAGUCCUGGAGAUGGUCUACCCCAUCAAGUGGCUUGAUGAAAAAGACGAGGACGACCCACUUGGCCGGACAAACAGAGAGGUUCAGACAGAGCUGUACGCCGAACGCAUGCUCGUCACCCGUCCCCAAACCAUGACCGGUGCCUUAUCCCAGAUGCUCGCAGGCAUCACCCACCACGUCUCCCCCGAGCGCCUCGCCUCUAUCUCCAAAAGUAUACCCAAGGUUAUAAUUGUGACGGGGGAUGAAGAUAAUCUGGUGGAUACGAGGCACAGUGACCGGCUGAAGGAGUGCAUGCCAGAGGCGGAGUUCGUGAGGUUCGAGCAUACGGGGCAUGGGAUUCAUGCGCAGCAGCGGAAGAAGUUCAAUGCAUUGCUGGAGAGGGUGUUCAAGGAAGGCAGGGAGAGGGCGCAGAGUGGAUUCUAG